AAAGAGUCAAAAUAUCCAGUUAAUAGGCUCAGUCGUUAGCUUUGUGGACUGAGGCAAUGCAGUAAAAUGUUGAAUCUUAUAAUAAUACUGGGAUGCAUUGGCUUGGAGCUGGCUUCUGCUAACAUCUUAUUGACCCCGACAAAUUGUUUUGCACUGAAGAGUGACGAGUGUCCCAAUUGGAAUAUUACCUUCUGGCUGCAUACACAUGACAAUCCCGAAGGCGCUAGGUUUACCGAAAGUGACAGAUUCCUACCUAGGAGACAACUGCAUGUUCUGAUACAUGGAUACGCUGGUUCUCGGACCGCGUCGCCGAAUAGGCAAUUGCUACCGUUAUUGAUACGCAACAAGAAGGUAGACGUACUCUCCUUAGAAUAUACGAAUCUAGCCGUCGAUCCCUGCUAUAGUGAAGCUGUGCACAACUCACGCAUUGUGGGUCGCUGUUUGGCUUACCUUUUGGUUAGUGCCGGUGCGGAUUUGUCAAACGCGCAUAUGAUUGGAUUUGGCAUCGGUGCCCAUGUGGCUGGAUUUGCGGCGAAAAUGCUGCAAAAGUUGAACAAACGAGUGAACCGCAUAUCAGCGCUAGAUCCCGCCAAGCCAUUGUAUCUCACCGACGAUAUUCAGGCCCGCUUGGACAAAAGCGAUGCCGCCUUUGUGGAUGUGAUUCAUUCGGACGUGUUUUUCCAUGGCAUAUUGAUGCCCCUGGGGCAUGUGGACUUUUAUCCCAACUCGGGCAUAUCGCAGCCCGGUUGUGGAGACAUAUCCCAAAUGACCACCUAUCAAUGCUAUCACAAACGUUCGGCGGACUACUAUGCCGAGUCAAUUACCUCGCCCGUUGGCUUCUAUGGCUUCUAUUGUAAUAAUAUGAUAAGCUACAUAAAGUACCAGUGCCAUCCCAGUGCGAACAUUGAGCGAUUUGGCUACAGGGCACGGCCCACGGCACGUGGCACUUACUAUUUGCAAACCAGAAAUGUGGCCCCCUACGCCAACGGUAAAGAUUUCUCCAACCUGGAUCGCAAUUUGACUGGCAAAACAUUUUUAGGUGAUGCUUUCGUUUCAAUGCUGCUCAAACAACCCAAUUCAUAAAUAAAUAAAAGU